CCCCAUCUAUCUAUCCCUCACCAUAUAUUCUUAGUCCUCGAAACCCAUUAUUCUCACUACCCGACACAACAACACAAAACAAUGUCCCCAGCCCCAAUGUCCCGUCUCAGUACUCUUCUCUUCUUCCUCUUCCUUCCGUUAUUCCUCCUCGCUCAACCUCCUCCUCCACCUCCAUCUCCUUCUUCUUCUCCUUCUCCUUCUGCUCUCUGCAAGUUCACACUGUACCCCAAACUCUGUCGUUCCAUGCUCUCCAUCAUCUCCUCCUCUCCCUCCGAUCCCUACAACGCCGGCAAAUUCUCCAUCAAACAGAGCCUCAAGCAAGCCAAGAAGCUCCUCAAGGUCUUCGACGACUUCCUUGUCAGCAGCCGCCGCCGCCGCUCCGACUCUGUCGAAGUUCGCGCCCUCGACGACUGCCGGGACCUCAUCCUCCUCAACCUCGACUACCUGGAGGCCGUCGCGGCCGACCUCCACGCGAACUCGGCGGUCUCCGCCGAGCUGACGGAUAAGGUGGAGAGCUACCUGAGCGCGGUGGCGACGAACCAUUACACUUGCUACGACGGGCUGGUGGCGGCGAAAAGUAAAAUCGGGGAGGUUCUGGCGGUGGCGAUGAGGAAUGUGACGGAGGUGUAUAGUGUGUCGCUUGGGUUAGUGAGUGAGGCUUUGAAUGAGAAUGUGAAGAACAAGUUCCAGACUCGCAAGCAUGGACUUCCUUCUCAGUCUUACAAAGUCAGGGAGCCUCUCGAGAAGCUCAUCAAGGUUCUGCAUGAAAAAUACAGUUGCAAGGCAAGAUCAAACUGCACAAGCAGAAGUGAAAGGAUUCCUAUGAGAGAAAGUGAAAGCAAAGGGAUUCUAUUAAAUGGGUAUGCAACUGUGAGCCAUUAUGGGACUGAUAACUUCACCUCCAUUGGACAAGCCAUUGAUGCUGCACCUGCUGACCUCAAACCAGAAGAUGGCUACUUCCUUAUCUAUGUCAGACAAGGAUACUAUGAAGAAUAUGUAAUUGUUCCAAAACACAAGAAGAAUAUCUUGCUCAUUGGUGAUGGUAUCAACCAGACUAUUAUCACAGGCAAUCACAGUGUCAUUGAUAGUUGGACCACCUUCAAUUCUUCCACCUUUGCUGUUUCUGGAGAAAGAUUUAUAGCAGUGGAUAUCACAUUCAGGAACACAGCUGGUCCAGAGAAGCACCAGGCAGUAGCAGUGAGGAACAACGCUGAUCUCUCAACCUUUUAUCGAUGCAGCUUUGAGGGAUACCAAGACACCCUCUAUGCUCACUCUCUGAGGCAAUUCUACAGAGAAUGUGAAAUUUAUGGCACAGUGGACUUCAUAUUUGGCAAUGCAGCUGUUGUGUUCCAAGGCUGCAAGAUCUAUGCCAGAAAGCCACUUCCAUUCCAGAAGAAUGCCAUCACAGCACAAGGCAGAACCGACCCUUUUCAGAACACUGGAAUCUCAAUCCAGAAUUGUAGCAUUGAAGCAGCACAGGAUUUGUCUUCAGAUUUGAACUCUACUACUGUCUUGACCUACUUGGGAAGGCCAUGGAAGUUAUAUUCUAGAACUGUCUAUAUGGAGUCUUAUAUUGGGAAUGUGAUUGAACCUUCUGGUUGGUUAGAGUGGAAUGGGACUGUAGGGUUGGACACGUUGUUUUUUGGUGAGUUCAAUAACUAUGGACCGAAGGCUAAUACUAGCAAUAGGGUUCAAUGGCCUGGUUUUAAUCUUCUGAAUGCUACUCAGGCUUUGAACUUUACUGUCCUGAAUUUUACUCUGGGAGAUACUUGGCUUCCUGACACAGAUAUACCUUAUUCAGGAGGAUUACUAGAUCAUUAGGAAGUGAAAUUUUGCUGGAAAGUAAUAAAUUUGAUUUAUUGUUACUCAGAAAGUUAGCGUAAGUGUAACUACUUGUUUUCAAAAAGGAUAUGGGAGACAUGAAUAUUGUAAUGUAAUUCAAAAACAAUGUAUUUGCAGAUGAAGUUUACCAUAUAUUUACCAAUUUUCAGUAU